GCGACAGAUAUAUUAUACGUUUGCCGUGUGUCCUGGAUUGUAAAUGCAAUAUGGGAUCAGAGCGUAUUAAUAUCUCAUUUAUUCAUCUUUUUUUUUUGUCACGUAUAAGCAUAUAACGAUGACAUUCAGUACCAUUUCAAGCUCUGUACAAUUGAAUCGAUGCAUUUGUAAUGAUGGAAAAAUCCAGUUAUGGUGUACAAAAUACCAGAUUUUGAAUUAAUUUCUCAAGGAGCAGAGGCUCGGCUUUAUAAAGGAGUAUAUUUGGGAAAACUAACUGUAAUAAAGGAGAGAUUUGAGAAAAAAUAUAGACAUAUAGAAUUAGAUUUACGAUUAACUAAAGAAAGAAUUCGAGCUGAAGUUAGAGCCAUUGUUCGAGCAAAAUUAGCAGGCGUUAGUACUCCAGCUAUUUACUUAGUCGAUUUCAGACGUCGGAGCAUUUUUAUGCAGUACAUUGAAAAUGCCAUAAUGCUUAAAACCUUUAUUGAACAAUAUGUUUAUAAAAAUAACAGUGCAAAGAAUUUAAUAGAAAAAAUUAUGGGUAAACUUGGUCAAAUUAUAGUCAAUCUUCAUUUAGCAAAUAUUGUCCAUGGAGAUUUAACUACAUCAAAUAUUCUCAUAAAAAAUGUAUCAGAAGUCAUUAGUGCUGAGAUUAAUCUUUCAGAUAAGCUAGUAUUGAUUGAUUUUGGUUUAGCUAGAGUUGAAUCAACAGCAGAAGAUGCAGCUGUAGAUUUAUUUGUUUUAGAAAGAUCAUUAAUGAGUGCACAUGCAGAACUACCGGAGCUAUUUGAAAUAAUAUAUACAAAUUAUAAGAAAUUCUUUUCAAAUAAAUCUAGGUUAAAGGAAAUAAUAAUUAAAUAUAAGGAUGUAAAAGCUCGUGGUCGUAAACGUACUAUGAUUGGAUAAAUAAAUAAAACAUAAUAUUUUUUUAAAUGUUAAAUAUUAUAUACAUUUAUAGGUGUAGAGAAUAAAUGUAUUUUUUAUAUACAUAAAAAUGUCAUCAACGGGAUACAUUAAACUUGUUUUCAUAAAUAUUUUUUGCAAAGGAAUGUCCCACGAUAUUCAAUACACACACAAUUCAUUUCCUCCUUUUAUACACUUUUACAGCUGUUUAAUGCGGAAGUACUUAUUAAUCAUAAUGUAAGCCAGAGUAUAUAAUAAUCCAUGUUACC